UUUUCUCUGUUAUCUUUACACUCCCACCUGCAUAGCUCACUUCAUCCAGACCAAAUCCACGUCUCCUUCAGCAUUUAAGCAAUCUCCUCUUUAAAGAAGCUCUCAUAUGACCAUCGUUCACUUCAGUCGUUCCCCUCUCACACAGUUUCGCUUGCUCCGUCACCAUUUUCCUGCAUCACCACUCCCUUUGAGGAUGGGCUCUGGAGUCAUGAAUUUCUUAAAACCCCGUUGUUGGUGGCGGUUUUAAUUAAUUUGAAUCUUUUGUUUUGAUUCAGCUUGAUCAGGUUAGGAAAGAUUGGGUAGUCCUCUGACUAAAGAAUGACCUUUGGAUGAAGAACUUGCAGUAUUCAGAUGUAAAGGCAAUACUGAGCUGUGGUUUCAUGUAGCUCAGGACUGUAGACGGGCGGGGACGACCGGGAACAUGAAGGCCUUGUAAAAGACCGUGGGUAGUGUGUCACCUUCCGGAUCUCAAAGUUAGCUGGUCCGAAUUGACAGCUUCUGUUUUUUCCCGCCGGGGGCCAGAACUGGUCGAGUGACAUUCCCUGUCCCGUGACUUCUGAGAUGUUCAACCAGAUGCGUCGACACCCCAGAACCAGAUGUGCGGGGUGGGUCCGGCAGAGACAGACGGUCUCUCACUGUACUGUGACUGCCACACUUCAAUGAUUUGCAUUUCGAGGGAAAUCACCAGGGCAGGGAUAGUGGAGAUGAAAAGGGGUGUGACGGGCGAGGGCGUGUUUGUAAUCCAGGAUCAGUGAGAACAAAAGCACCAGCAAAACUCGUGACACAAAUUGUGGCCUCUUGCUUUUCACCUCGGCACGAGGCCGGUGAGACCAAGGUGGGCCCCUUGCUCCCGUUCCAGUGCCCCAUUACCGGUCCGACACCAAGGGCCAGGGAAAAGCCUGGUCCCUGUCCAUAGGAGCCACGUCGACGGUCGAUAUUCAAGCAAAACAUUUACUCGGUAAACACCAUAUCAUCUGAGGUGUGGCAGGACAGCACAGGCUCUGAGACAUUUUGUUUUGUGCAGUGCAGGGGACCCCAUGGAGGAACUGGAAGAGCCAAAAAUGGCCCUUAGGGGCCUAAACGAAAGGCUGAAGGGGUUUCUGGAGCACAUUCAUCAGUUGGAAAAGACCAAUUGUGACUUGGAGGAGAAGAUCGGUGAGUGGGGAAUGAGGAACAUACCUCCUCAACGGAACUGGAGCGACAAGGAAGCGCUGGUACAGGAACUUCGAGCUCAGGUUAGCAUGAUCCUACUGGAAAAUGCAGAAGUUUUGUUACAAUCCGAUGCAGUGAAACUCAGGGCAGCACAUUUAAAGACCAGGUGUGAAACCGAGGAGAAACUCCGUCUCCUAAAGGAACAGGAGGUCUCACAGCUGAAGAUGAAGAAGAAAGAGGUGGAGACGGACAACACACUGCUGGAAAAGCAGCUUUAUGUAUCCCAAAAUGAGUUACAACAAAUCAUGGAGGAUCAUGAGAGAGAGCUGGAUCAGCACCAGCGGCGAGCAGCAGAGGAGUGUGAUAGAGUGCUAGCGCAGGUUGCUGCAGGAGAGGAUGGCAGAGGAAUGGAUCUCUGCCGGACUAGCACCCAGUGCGACCACUCCAGCCCAGCCCAGAGCAGCCCUGACUCAGCCAUGCCACCUAAUCCAGCCCCAGGCUCCUGCCCCACUUCACAGACAAGGCCCCGAAAGGAUGCAACCAGCCCUACAGCUGCGUUUCCACCACAGGUGAGAGCAGGUGACGAGGUUCUGAAGGAGGCACGAGCCGAGCUCGCUGAGGCCCGGAAACGAUGGCACCGUCUACAGGUCGAGAUUGAAUCGCUACAUGCCUUGGAGAGGAGUCUCCAAAGCUCCCUACGCCACACUCAGCUCCAGUACUCCGUGCAACUCAAGGAUCUGUCCCAGUCUGUGAGGAGUCUGGAGUCUGAGUUGAAAACGGUGCGGGAUGGCCUGGAAGUCCAGAGACAGAACCACAGCCAGCUCCUCAACACCAAGAUGAGGCUGGAGAGAGAAAUUGCAACCUAUAGGAAACUCUUAGAAAACGAGGAGGGCAGGUUUCUGACCUCAGAUGGUCAAUCUCUAAAGCUGAAGCCAUGGAAAGGGUCAGUUCCUGCUCCAGAGCAGAACGGUCUACCCAAUGGAUGUGACGUGGAUAUUGCUGAGCCGUUCUUCACCGAGAGAACACCAAAAAGAAGCCCGGCCCUUCAGCGACAGCAGAGUCUUGUCACCCUGACAGAACCAGUCAGAAACAAAGACGGGGAGAUCUGUACUGUGAAGACUCAAGAGAUUCUGGAAGGAAAUGUAGUGAGGGAGAGUGCAGAGGGUCACGGAAAUGUGGAGACAGAGAAGAUUGACAAGGUCAUCAGGCAGUGGGAAGGCUCAUUCUUUAAAGGAAAUCCCAAGCUGAGAAAGAAGUCUGUGUCUCUGCGUUUCGACCUUCACAUGGCUGUAGCGGACGAGGGCUGCAGCCAAACAAAACAGGACAGUCUCCCUAACGUGGAGGUCCGUCUGGUCAUGAGACGGUCUCGCAGCAUACCCACGUUUGCGCAGUGAUGUCACAAUGCCAUGCUACACCACAACUGUGACAUCACCAUGCUACCACAUCACAACUGUGACCUCACAAUGCUACUGCAUCACAAUUACGUAGUGGUGACCACGUCUCAAUUUCUUAGUGGCUAAUAAAAAGUGAAUCACUUUAGUGACCUCAUAGAACUUUUGCCAUUUGAGUAAACCCAAAUUGCUCUUAUGAUUGUAAUGAAUUAACUGCACAUAAAGCUACUUUAAGAAAUUGCAAGCAAAAUUAAUUUGUAAUUGAUUUAUUUUACUUGGGUCUUCAAAAAUAAAUAGAGAGUAUGUAUGUCUUGCGGUGUUCCAAAAUUUCGUGCAUUGUGACUUUAGAGUGUGACGUUCCCUGUGGACACUCUACUGCCACAUUAUUUUUGAUCAUUAGUAUAUAUUACCUUACUCAAAAUAUAGAAUAACAACUGGUUUGCGAAAAUGCAUUUAGUUUAUAUAUUUGUAGAGCUUAGUCUUAAGACUCACAGUGAAAAAUGGUCAAUGUGGAUACAGACAAAUUUUCACAUUCAGUGCAUUGAACAACAGAUGCCUUAUUGCAUUUUGACAAAUGCUACUGGAACUAAUUUUACACUCCAGUGAAUGCUACGGGAGUAUCGAGUUCAGUUUCUGCAGGUAGCUGUAGUGUGAACCAAAACAAAAUAUUGCGAAAUUUGCAAGAGCAGCAAAACUAAAAAGCAGCCAAAACAAAAGAUUUAUGGUGACACAGAUGUACUGUCCUGCACUUACGUUUACAAAAUGAGUAGCUGUAAAAGUCGUCAGUCUAUCACUGCGGAGAGAACGAGAUGCUAAAAGUAAAAUGUUGACAACAAACUUCUCUACUGAUUACACUCGCCUCUAAAAGUUACAUUGCUUCGUAUUACGAAUGCAUAUAGUUUACACUUCAUUUAAAGUGCAAAUACUGUGUCUUCCAAUCUAAAAUUAUGCAGAAAAAAAAAAAAUGCGUAUUUCUCAUCUGCAUUAAAUUGAUUUAUUUACAUGCCCUACCUCUGGUUGUUGUUGUACUGUAAAUACAUGGGGUUCUUCCUGGUGCAACAAAGAAAUGAAUACAUAUAUUUAAUUUGAAGUAAAUCUGAAUGAAUCUAUAUCAUCUCAAUCGGCUUAGUUAGCACUUUAGUUUAUUAUGUAAUGCACACUGUGGUGUCAUAUACAGUAGGAUAACCUUUCACGUUUCAUCUCCUACCCUAUUGUGACUCACUUUAAGAAAUGCGAUGAGAAAUUACACUGUAUGCAUUGGUAAAGAUGCCUGAUUGAUAUACACUUUAGAGGAUUCAAAUCAAAACGUUUCCUGCUAACUUUCUGAUUUUUAUCUGUAUUCAACAUUCUUUUCCAGAUGACUAUGUUGCUUUUUGUGAAACUUUUUUUUUUCUUUUUUCUGUAUAAUAUCCAUAAGCUGUGCCCUGCUGAGUGAUUUGGCUUAUACACUGUAUGACAGGUGCUAAUAAAGCUAUUAUUAUUUCCAAA